GGAUACCCAGGGAAUACAGGAAGUACAGGGAUCCUGGGGAGGGCAGGGAUACCCAGGGAUUACAGGGAGUACAGGCUCCAGGCCCGCAUCGCCCACCGCAUCCAAGAGCUGGAAAACCUUCCCGGCUCCUUGGCCGGGGACCUGCGGACCAAAGCCACCAUCGAGCUCAAGGCCCUGCGGCUGCUCAACUUCCAGCGCCAGCUGCGGCAGGAGGUGGUGGUGUGCAUGCGGCGGGACACGGCGCUGGAGACGGCGCUCAACGCCAAGGCCUACAAGCGCAGCAAGCGGCAGUCGCUGCGCGAGGCCCGGAUCACCGAGAAGCUGGAGAAGCAGCAGAAGAUCGAGCAGGAGCGGAAGCGCCGCCAGAAGCACCAGGAAUACCUCAACAGCAUCCUGCAGCACGCCAAGGACUUCAAGGAAUAUCACCGGAGCGUGAGCGGGAAGAUCCAGAAGCUGACGAAGGCGGUGGCCACGUACCACGCCAACACCGAGCGCGAGCAGAAGAAGGAGAACGAGCGCAUCGAGAAGGAGCGGAUGCGGCGCCUCAUGGCCGAGGAUGAGGAGGGUUACCGCAAGCUGAUCGACCAGAAGAAGGACAAGCGCCUGGCCUACCUGCUGCAGCAGACGGACGAGUACGUGGCCAACCUGACCGAGCUGGUGAGGCAGCACAAGGCGGCCCAGGUGGCCAAGGAGAAGAAGAAGAAGAAGAAGAAGAAGAAGGCGGAGAACGCCGAGGGUCAGGCUCCGGCCAUCGGCCCCGACGGGGAGCCACUGGACGAGACGAGCCAGAUGAGCGACCUGCCAGUGAAGGUGAUCCACGUGGAGAGCGGGAAGAUCCUGACGGGGACGGACGCGCCCAAGGCCGGGCAGCUGGAGGCCUGGCUGGAAAUGAAUCCAGGGUCAGGGAAAAAUGGGAAUGGGAAUGGGAAUGGGAAUGGGAAUGGGGGCAGCUGGAGGCCUGGCUGGAAAUGA